GGCAAGUUCUCUUCAAUCUCGCAGGACGGUUCGGUUCCCCGUCGCUGUCGUUCCGUGCUGUGCAUGCGGUUAGGAAGCAGCACGCCUACACCCACCCGGUUUCUGACAGAAUUCGUCGCUUCUUCCCGUUGCAUACUCGUACAUGGCCGUGGCUUGUGCGACUGAGUCGACUUCCAACAAGUACUUAUAUGGCACGUGAGACCAUCGCUUCAUUUAUCGCCGAAAUUUCUACGAGUUUUUUUACUGCUUACUAUUCAGCCCUCUAUUGUUCCCUUCAAACCCUCUUAAACACCUCAGAAACAUUUAAUACUCACCUAAAUAGUCCUUCCCUCGUCCACUCAACCCGUCGCGGCCGCCAUGUCGCUACUGCCGGCGCACAAGACGCGGCCCCUCGACUUUGGCGCAGUCCUGCUGCUACUUUUGGUGGCAGUUUUUGCGACCGAGAUGGCAGCAGCAUCUGAGCCGCCGGAGGUGACGGGGAAGCAGGAGAAGGACGUGACACAGCUGCAGAUAGGCGUCAAGUUCAAGCCCAAGAGGUGCAGCGUGACGGCACACAUCAAUGACCGAGUCAAGGUCCACUACAGGGGCUUCCUGACAGACGGGAAGCAGUUUGACAACACGUACGACCUGGACCAGCCAGUGCAGUUCCGCCUGGGCGCAGGCAGCGUCAUUAAAGGGUGGGAGAACGGUGUGCUGGGCAUGUGCAUGGGAGAGAAGCGCAAGCUCAAGGUGCCGCCGCACCUGGGAUACGGCGACGAGGGCCACGUGUACGGCAUUCCGCCCGGCGCGACGAUCAUCUUCGAGGUGCAGCUCGUGGGGCUGGAGAAGGCGCGCAAGAAGCGCGCGCGAGCGACGGCUUAGACUGGUCAUCAAGUCUCGGGCAGCGCGCGCGAGCUUGCUAGCUAGCUUUCUUGCAUGGCUAGUACUGAGCUACUAAGUUUUUUGACUCCGAUUUCAAGUACGGGUAGUAGGUUGGGGUUUCGUUUUUUAUAAUGUGAGUGUCAUUGUUAUGAAUUAAUCAGAGUAAUAACAGGUAGCGUAAUAAAGGAGUCGUGAUUUAAGUGUGUCAAUACAAAUGAGGGCCGAGG